GGAGUCCAGCAUGUCCUCGAAACCUUUGCGUCGGAGCUAUCAAUACAGAAUAUGCUUUAGUGUCGACUCGAUCAUAAGGUAUAAAAUUUCCUGUCACAAGUCCCUGGUAUGUAUCUCCUUUUUGCGCCGGCGUACCUCAACUCCGAGGGUGCUUGCUUUGGUGCUUUAGCCGGGGUUUCGAUGAUCGUUUAGGAUAAUUUGAGAAGCAGUCCACAGUUCUACAUAUCCCAAGUACCAGAAAUGUCAAUGUCGAGGCCACGAAAAUGAAGCAAGCCAGUGAGGAAUUAGAGAUGGAUGACCCGAGACGCGGUCUAGCCAGCGCUUCAGUCAUGAGCCUCGCACUAGUCCUAAAACGGCAAGCAGGCAUCGGCUCAGUGGCUAUUUUAACCACUUUCCAUAACUACCACCAUUUUUGUUACUUAGUAAGUCAAUUCAUCUCCAUCAAACAAACAGGGUGGAAGGAGGGAAUUUUCUUUUAUGAGAGAGAGAAAGAAAACUAUCCCUGGAAGACUGCAGCGACGCGGGAUAGAGUGGCCCGUGAACGUGAAUUAUUGAAAUACUGGUCCUCUCUGUAUAGAGAAUCUGUGAAAGCGGUCACAUCCCUUGCUUCCAGGAUCGGAAUGUUGUAUAAACGCCACCCUUUUUUGCGGGCCCCUGGGAGAUGUUUGCUCUUCUCGAUUUAUCAUUGCUCCCCAGGGGCUAUGGAGUUCAAAUAGCACCGGGCUCACUACAGACCGUGCACGAUUCCUACUCCCUUGCCGCUUCAACUCCUAAACACACACAGAAUUCAUUUAAGUCGAGUCAGGAAUGCGGCUCCUAGCUUCGAGAAUCCAAUCUAUUCUCUG